AUGACCAUCCGUGUUGUUUUGGACACUAACUAUGCUGAGCUGGUUCUAGAUGUGGGAAAAGUCACUUUCGGGGAGAAGAAUAGAAAAAAAAUGAAAGAUUGUCAACUGAGAAGAAAGCAGAAUGAAAACGUCUCACAAUCUGUGGUUGCUUUGCUGAAUUCUGGAGGGGGCGUGUGCAGGGCUGAAAUUGAGAAUGAAAACUAUAGUUAUGAAAAAGAUGGAAUAGGAUUAGAUUUGGAAAAUUCUUUUGCCAAUAUUGUUUCGUUUGUUUCUAAAUACUUAGACUUUAUGCAGCAAGGUAAAUAUUUUCUGAUUUUUGUCAAAUCGUGGAGCUCAGAAACCUCUGGGUUGAGGAUUGCCACCUUGAGCUCCAAUUUGUACAAAAGAGAUAUAACCUCUGUAAAAGUAAUGAAUGCUACCGCUGCACUGGAAUUCCUCAAAGACAGGUUAGAAACUGGAGAGGGAUUUUCUUUAAUACCUAAAUCACCUCCAAAGAGGUACCAUUUUGAUGUACAAGAAGAAAGUAGCAUGAAGGCCUUGGCUGCUGACUUUUUUAAUAGGAUGCAACUCAGGUACGGAGAAAAACUCACCUUUACUGAAUCCACACAUGUUGAAAUGAAAGACUACUCAACAGAAAAGCUGUUACAACGCAUUAAAGAGAUUCUCCCUCAAUACGUUUCUGCAUUUGCAAAUACUCAUGGGGGCUAUUUGUUUAUUGGUUUAAGUGAAGAAAAACAAGAAGUAACUGGCUUUAAAGCAGAGAAGAGUGACCUUGACAAGAUAGAAAAAGAAAUAGAACAAUGCAUUAGCAAGUUUCCUGUCUAUCAUUUCUGUAUAGAGAAGAAGAAGAUAAAUUAUUCAUGCAAAUUCCUUGAAGUAUAUGAUGAAGGAAGUCUUUGUGGAUAUGUCUGUGCGCUCAAAAUAGAGCUAUUCUGUUGUGCGGUGUUUGCCAAAAAGCCGAAUUCCUGGCAUGUGAAAGAUAAUCAAGUGAUGCAGCUGACCGUGGAGGAAUGGGGCCAAUUAAUGCUGGAUCCUGAACCAAUGCCAUCAGAAAAGGUGACAUAUGUUCCAGAAAUCCUCUAUGAGAAACUGUUCUCACAACACAAAGGACUUGCACAGUUAAUACGUAAUGAAAUAGGCUCCAUUCGUCAAGGUACAUUGAUCUUUUCUAAGAGCUGGUCUUUGGAUCUGGGCUUGCAAGAGAACCAGAAAGUCAUCUGUGAUGCACUUCUAAUUGCCCAGGACCGUCCACCAGUCUUAUACACCUUCCUCAGGGAACUGAAUAAGGAAUUAAAAGGUUAUUCUAUACAAACUGCCUUAACUUUAAAGAAGAAACUGGUAAAAAUUGGUGGUUACAGUGGGAAAGUGUAUGUCAUGACAAAGAUCUAUUGGAGUGAAGAAUCUUCUACAUUGACUGAAGGCAAUACCAGACUUCUUCAUGAUUCAAGCUUAUCUGCAAUUUACCCUAAGUCCUACACUCUUAUAACCACUCAAACAAUGAGUGACUUGAAGAAGGCCCUUUUUAUAGUCUUGAAGAGACUCGGAACUUUGAAUGACCAAUUUGACUCUGAGAUUUUUCAACACCUCUCAGAUAAUCAGUAUGGAUUACUUUCAGAGGAAUGA